CAGGCAGGAGAUCGAAAUGGCGGCGCCAGCAGAGAGGAUGGAGAUUUCUCAGGGGGAGAGCUCAGCCAAGCUUGCGGGGGAGAGCUCAGCCAAGCCUGCAGCCGAGGAUAUGACAUCAAAGGACUACUACUUUGACUCGUACGCCCACUUUGGCAUCCACGAGGAGAUGCUGAAAGAUGAGGUUCGCACUCUGACCUAUCGUAAUUCCAUGUUCCACAACAAGCAUCUGUUUAAGGACAAGGUGGUGCUGGAUGUGGGCAGUGGGACAGGCAUACUCUGUAUGUUUGCUGCCAAAGCUGGAGCCAAGAAGGUUAUAGGGAUCGAGUGCAGCAGCAUCUCAGACUACGCUGUGAAAAUUGUCAAGGCCAACAAGAUGGAUGAUGUUGUGACCAUCAUCAAGGGGAAGGUGGAGGAGGUGGAGCUGCCUGUGGAGGGAGUAGACAUCAUCAUAUCAGAGUGGAUGGGCUACUGCCUCUUCUAUGAGUCCAUGCUCAAUACAGUCAUUUAUGCCAGGGACAAAUGGCUGAAGCCAGAUGGACUCAUUUUCCCCGACAGGGCAACCCUUUAUGUCACUGCCAUUGAAGACAGGCAGUACAAGGACUACAAAAUCCACUGGUGGGAGAACGUGUAUGGGUUCGAUAUGUCGUGCAUCAAGGAGGUGGCCAUUAAGGAACCCCUGGUUGAUGUGGUGGACCCAAAGCAGCUGGUCAGCAGCGCCUGUCUCAUCAAGGAGGUGGACAUCUACACAGUGAAGUUGGAUGACCUGACCUUCACCUCGCCGUUCUGCCUGCAGGUGAAGCGGAACGACUACAUUCAAGCUUUGGUCACCUACUUCAACAUCGAGUUCACCCGCUGUCACAAGAGAACCGGCUUCUCCACCAGCCCUGAGUCUCCCUACACCCACUGGAAGCAGACCGUCUUCUACCUGGAUGAGUACCUGACUGUGAAGACUGGUGAGGAGAUCUUUGGCACAAUCAGCAUGAAGCCAAACGUCAAGAACAAUAGAGACCUGGACUUCACCGUAGACAUCGACUUCAAGGGUCAGCUGUGUGAGGUGUCAAAGACGGCAGAGUACCGGAUGCGUUAGAAGUCUCAUCCCUCCCUGUGUUAGUUUGUCUUUAGUAGGGGACAGAUUAUACUGUUUGACUCGGAGUCUCUACAAUAGUUUGACGCUCCCCAUGCAGCAACAUUUUAAUACGUCCUCUUUUCUUGUCAUUUUCUUGUUCAGAUGUUAACAGUAUUUAAAAGAUCUUCACAUGCUUGGGGGUGAAAGUGCGUUGUCCUGGCGACGUAGUCACUCAGAACACGUGACAUGUGCCUGAUGUUUGUGUCCAACAGCUUGGGUUCUGCUCAGGGGUUUUUGUCCUUUGCAUGUGCAGGUGUCUAUGUUGUCAACCAUACAGACGCCAACACAACAGCCCUGCCGACAUUGUCUGCAUAGUAUGCUGUUGAGUCACUUUGGCCCUCUGUUUUGUCAUUACAUGACCCAGUUUCUAAUCUCCUUAUUUUUGAGUCUGUAUGUGGGUUUUCCGAUUUCUGUAUUCUCAAGAAACUCUGCCUCUUCCACCUGUGAACCAGUCAAUAAAAAAACAUGUAACUGUGAGCACAAGUUAGGACUUAUUCAAACUAUAAAUAAUACAGUGAUGUAGUUCUGGUGUGAAAGGACCUCAAGCUUUCUGGUUUGAUCUUCUGGAACCUGAUCAGGACUCUGAAGCACAGCAUACCCUGUAAAGUUCUGGCAAACCUGUCCCAAACUACAUACUAAUUCUACACAGUACAGAUUACAUAUUCAUCCUCGUAUACUGUUUUAAACGAAUAAAUGUCAAAAUAUGACUUUGUUUUUUCUUUGGGUUGCAGUGCGUAAACUUAUUUAGAUCUGCUGUGAGCAGCUCCAUUUCUUUUGGGAGAGAAUGGUGUGUAUCAACGGAUCACUUAAACCGGAACGGCAUGUAGUCUGAAUAGUGUGGUUUGAGUAAACCGUAUGUCAUGUUUCCUCUGUGAACUCACUCCAUAUUAAAAACCUGCUUAGAAUCAGUAUGUAGUAUAGAUUUAGGACAAGAUUGGUGAUGCUUCACACACGAGUUGAUUCCAACCAUAACCAGAAGUGGUCUGCUGUGUUUCUUUGGUCUACAUGUGUGCUAGCUGGGUUGCACCAUUGGCUCUGAUCAGGUGUCACGGCCUUUAAAGAAACCACACCUGAGCAUCUUGACGAGUUAGUUACUGCUGCACCGUAGAGAAGAAAAACCGAUUCCAGUAGGUUCCUCAGGUGUCCUGGAGCCCACGGCAGUCUCAAUACAAUGUUAGUCUUGAUGCAAUGUGUCUGUGGCUGCUAGAGUCCAUCUGAAGAGUAGGAACCAUGUUGGCACUGCAGAGAUUACUCUGACUCACCAUACUUGUAUUUUUCUCUUUUGUAUUUUUGUUUUGUUGUCUGCUGCUUUUUAAAAAAAUAAAUAAAACUAAUCUGUAAAUGUGACUUUUCUUGAAGUGAGCUAUGUGGUACGAUUAAGAAGACCAACACAAAUAUUCAUAGUCUAACUGAGUUGGGAGUUGUCACAGCACCUGUAGAAAGUAUCCAUCAAGGUUUAUCUUCCAUUGUUCAUUCAUUCACCGUGGCUCUAAUUGGUAAUAUGACACGGAUGCUAACGUGUUGCUUUAUUAUGAGAACAUCUUGACAAAAUCAGUAAUAAAAUGUCUAACUAUU